AUGUGGGCCAUCAUUUCGACAAAGGAGCCUAAGGAGAAAAAUGCAAACGUCUGUGGAAACAUUGCGAACGUGCAACAAAACUGUACCAUACUGGUAUCGCCUGCUUGUGCUGGGAACGCUAUUCAAGGUUUUCCUUUUUUUUUUUUGCAGAACAACAUCGUGGUAGAGUUCGAAAGCAUUCAUCCCGACAGCACAAAGCCGAAGCUACACGAUGCCCACGUCGUGCUGGAGUCAAAAGAGAGUCUUACAAUCACGACUGGAAUCACCUGCGAGCGACUGAUUUUGGUGAUCAAAGUCAAGAAGACCGACGACCCGGAAAGGACUGUCCACCGGUACAACCUCCUCGUUGAAAAGCUUAACGGAAAGUUGAGGAUAUGCUGCAUUAGCACGGAGCAGCUGUUCGUCGUCCGCUUCGUUCAGCGACCUGACGUCAAGGUUUCGCUGCAGUCCUCGGUCGCUGAAAACAAACCGCACUCGGUGGACCAGCGCGCCCUGGACGACGUUGUGCUGGAGGCGGUGGUGGACGCGCUGUCUUACACCGUGGCCGACAUCAGUUGCUCGGGGCAGAAGGACUUCCCCAGCUUCAAGCACCGCGCACCUGUCUCCGAGAUAAUACAGAGCACGCAGCUUAGUCAGGUGGAUGCUUCAGCGCCGUCCCACAAGGUCAAGCACGAUCACCGACUCCUUGUGAAGGUUAUAAAGGCUUCCAACUUAGGCGGAAACAAAGGCUGCAAGGAAGUGUACUGCGUGGUGGAGCUUGACGAGCCCCCGCAUCGCUGCACGACUACCGUUGCCAAGGAGACGACGAGUCCUUUCUGGGACGAGCAUUUCCUCUUCACCCUCGACCAGAAUUCCUCUGAAAUACUGUUCGAGAUAUACGACAAGAGCAGGCCUCAAGGAGACAACUUCCUUGGUCUUGGAAUUGUUAGCAUUUCGGAACUUAGAAGAGUGCCCAGUCAACGCCAGAUCAUCACGUUGCAGUCGAGACCCUUGGAGUAUGACAACGUGUCCGGCUCCCUGACAGUAGAGUUCCUCUACAUGGAGGGCUCCCAGAUUCCAGUUGUGGCAGACUCCCAGACGACAACUGAGUUUGCGCCGCACUCGCCGCAAAGCCGCAUUGUCGAGAAGAACAGUCGAAUAACCUCCGACGGAAGGGUCAUCACCACAACCACCAUCAAACGAUCGCCAACGACAGAAACUAAAACAAGAGACCUCGAGUGGGAAGCUCUUCUUGCCAUCGAGGAGAAACUGCGGCUCAUGGAAAAUCAGUCAUCACCUAUGAAGCCACUCGAUGAGUCUAUGGUCGAGUUCCUUCGCAGCCAGAUUGCCAGCAGCCCAGCUGAUGCCGUUGAGCACGUAACAUCUAAGGUGACGACGUCCUUGACAGCUGAGCCCUUGUCAAAUAGCUCUAAUGUGAGCAAAACAACGGCCAGUAGUGAGGAAAUGCCAGUCAUUGCAGCUGCCGAUUGUACAACUACAAAUGCCUCUGCCUGUCCUUUGGCAACAAAGGACCCUGACACGUCAACAACACUGUCCUCGGACAGCACUGACUUGUUCUCAGGACAAGACGGCAUCUACCAGGAAGACGACAUAGCAGAUGACAUCCCUCCCCCUCUCCCGUCCUCUCCUCCACCUGACAUGUGCGACGCUGAUGACAGUGCUACUGAUGAUGGUGUCGAUGUGGACGACCUCGUUGUGUGCAAAGUUAGGAGAGCGGUUCUUGUGAACGGCUUCGAUGAAUCAGUGAAUGAUGCCUCCACUGAGUUUCUUGCCACGAAGUCCAUAGAAGAAGGUACAAGUGGUCUGUCGUCUGAAGAAGAGAGUGAAGCCGAUAUUUGUGGUAGCAGAAUUUCAACCUGGAGUGGCACGUUUGGAGUGGAUGGCUUGAUGGCUUAUGGUGGUGCUCCCAAUGGUGCUCCAAGAGCUGACCAAAAUGGCAACAUUCGUCACGAUGAUGGAGGAUCGCUAGCAGAAGCUGCUCUUAAGGAACUGGAAGCCAAAAAUAGGAGUCCUACAGCAACAAAGAGCACACUUAUUAUCCACAGCGUUCAGAGGGAAGCUGCCAUUCCAAGCUUAAAGGUGAAAAUCGACCAGCAAGGACAUUGGCGUGAGGUUUCUCAGGUGGAUGACACAUCUCUCUCCAUCUCACCAAGCAGCCUGCGAAAUCAGAACCAGCACUCUGGCGAGAGGAGCAUCUCUUCAUCAUGCAGUGAAGCAGAAGGGGAAGGUAGCCCAGAAAAACCGAAGAAACGGACAUUACUGGGCAAAAUACGGAAACGGCUCAGCUUCAAGAAGAAUCGCUCCAAGUCAAUGGAAGCUCGGUCAGAUGCUGACGCACACAGCCGCAGUAGCAGCCGUAGCAUCUCCACCGACCGUGCAAAGUCAGUGCCACUUGGAAGAAAUACUCACCUGGAUGUUCCAGGCGUUCGCAACAAUGGUAGCACAAGGAGCAGCAUCAGCGAUGGGUCCGGAAUCAGUGCUGCCUCUAGCCGGACCUAUGUGAGCGAUAAGUCACUGCUUGUCGUCGAAGCAAAGGAGAACGGUGUCAUCAGGCAUUACUUGAUCCCUCCACAUUUGGCACAUCGCAGUAAGUGGCGGAGGAAAGGUGUCAAACUGCACAUUUUCAACGAUCACAUAUUUGUGGCCAAGCAUAUCCCAGGAGGAGUUCAGUGUCACGUUUGUUCAAGGCUACUGACCAGAAGGCUAGGAAAACAAGGUUACGUCUGCAGAGGUUGUAACCUGCUUUGCCACAAGUCUUGCCAUGUGAAAACAGAGAGUAUAUGCAACAACAGCUCUGUGGCGACCAUGCAAAUGGAACCGGUGGAAGAUACACAUCCACCACACGUGAAGACAAGUUGAUGCGAGCAAUCAGAAACUGCUGCAUAAGAACGUGACACUGCGCAAGACUUUCUUAAGUACAGAGCAUGAAGUUACUUUGGUUGUUUCCAUCCUCAGUUAAAGCGAAUCACUUUGUGUUACUGCAUUUUGCUCCAUUUGUGGCCGUUUUCAUUUACUGUGAACCAGUUUCCUUAUAGCCUUCAGGCAGCUCCUGAACAUUGACGCAAAAGGUUUUAUGAAGUGCUUAUCUUGAAACUAUACGAAAGCUGGAUGCCCGUCGAUAGCUAUUGAUUUCAAUCUGUAAGCAUCAAUGACGUGCACGAAUUAAGUGUACUCAAACAUCAAGUGUACUCAAACAUCCACAGAAUUGUGAAAUUAUUACAACCAGCCUUCAGUACCGUAAGAGUGCAACACUAAAGUUGCUCUCGAUCUGGGAAAUAAAAAAAAAAAAAACACUUUGAUAAAAUUUGUUCAUUUCACUGAACACACGAGCAUACAAAAUUGCUUUCACAUCAAAUAUUAACCAUGAAGCACUGAAGCUGUAGACAUUCGGAGUUUAAGACAACAUGGUCAGAUUGCUUGUUGGCCCUGCAGUGCCUUGAAUAGAAUGAGAGCCUUUGUAACACCCAUCGUAUCCACAGCACAUGCUGAUGUGUGCUGACUUGAUAAUCAGUCCAUCGGCAAGAUGCCCAUGACAUUACCAAAUGGUCACCAGCUGCUAGGUCACCAGGCGCAUCAUGCUAGCUAUCGUUAUUGCAGUGAAGAGUUCCUCUUUUACUGCACACAAUUUUUAUUAUGUGAUGCGAAGGUCAUUUUGCUGGCGCCAAGCCGGUCUACCUGACUGCAGCAUGUUAUGCACAAAGAAUGAGCUUCUUUGUGUGAUUGCAAAUGUGACCGACUUGUUUCAAUGUGAUGACUGACAUUCUUGGGUAAUACGAAAUCUGUGCAGCCCGGAAGCCCAACGUGAAGCAGUUCGAUUUUCACCAUGGUGGAAGCCAUCAAAUUAAUUUCGUGCUCAUUGCUUGCUUUUAUGCAUUCAAUUGUUUUUUUAUGCCAAUUUUUUUUAACAGGUUGACUACACAGAGUUGUGUGAUGACAUACCUGAGACAAACUUGCAGUUGCUCAUGACUGCCGUCAAGUCAUAGUCGUGUACACAACAUUCUCCCAUCAGACAUUUUUGCAUUCAUUGCCCUUUAUAGGUCCUUCCCUGGACCUAUAACGUGUAGCUUUGAAAGAGCAGUGCGAGGCCGCAUAUUUUGUCAAAGGAGGCUUGAGCGCAUUUGGCAUGAUAAUGUGAGCAAUAUCUGUAGUGCAAUAAAAGUGUUGAAAAUUUGCUAGUAAGGCAUACUAUAAUGUGUUCUUUUAUAUAUAUUAUAUAUAUAUGGAUAUUGAUGUAUAUAAACUUAGCACGCUUUUUCGUUAUCUUUAAAAUGACAACAGCUUGUAUGAAUUUCACUUUAUGUAUGCCUGUUUAUGUAUGUGCUUACAUGUUUUGAGACCUGUGUAAAAUAAACUCAGGUGCAGUCUGUAAAAUGUGUAAUUGAUUUAAAAUGCUUUGACAUUAUUAUAGCCUUUUUUUCCAAUGAGAAAGCUAUCGCUAAUGAUCUGUUACAUUUUAAAUUGAGUGAGAAAGCAGAAGGCAAUCAGUCAAUUAAAGCAUUCAAUGCAAAGAGAGAGUUUAUUUUAGCAACAUCUUAUUUGAAUUUGCAUCAAUGCAGCUAUUUCAGUUUGCAUGAGCAGGUAUGUUCACUCGAUUGGCAUUACUUUGAGUAGUGGUUGCCACUGCGGUAAAAGCAAAAUUCCAAUACCAUAUCAAAUGAGAACCAUUUAGUCUAGUUUGGUUUAUCUUUAGCUUAUGCUGCUACUAAUUUUGUCUGGAGCAUGCUUUUCAGUGAAUCACCAGUGCUCAUGACUGGAGUUUCUUAAUGAGAAAUACAUGUAUAAUGGAUGCGCGCUGAUAAAAGUUGUUGCACAUGCAUAUUUCCUGUUGCAGAAUAGCUGUUCAAACACACAAGCCAGGUGCAUAUUUGCAGCAUUUUACUAUGCCCUGUUUGAACACUGUUUUUGUUCAGGGUUGAGUAUGUAGCAUUGGUUGAUUUGAACAUGACUAAAUUGUAGUGGGUUAAAAAAAUGUUGAAAAAAUGCCUGAAAAAAAAACUUAUUUAGUGAUAUGAUUUUUAUAACUGGUUAACUAUGGCAAAUUUCGUACCAAUGGUAUGAAAAAUAAAUGUAAAUAGUAGUAAUAUAUAUACAAAAUAGCAACUCUGUGAGACAUAUUGGUAUGCUAGCUUUCUGGAUAGCAUGGCAUAUUGGAAAAAGAAAUGUGCACCUGGCCUAGAAGGAAGUGCCUGUAAGAAUAGUAGUUCAUGUUUUAGUAAUUGCAGAGUUAUAAGUGCAAACUCUGAUGAUGUGGUGUUAUAAAGAUACCUACCAGAAGAAGCAUAUGAGCUUAAGCAGACACGAAGAAAUGAUGAGAGCAAAUUAAUGGCUGUAUCGUUCACCCUGUUGACCACGAUUCAAUAGCCAUAGGGACUUACUACAAAGUUUGUAUCAUCGCCAUGGGUGUGAUUUAAACACACUGGGUAACAUCAGAAAUAUUCCAUGCUUAUUUUGUCAACAUUUUUUCUAGUCUUUAUAUGAAGUUAAAAUGCCUUAUUCACUACAGCAGUCAUUUAAUUCCUUCCAUAUAACCUCAUAUAAAGUGAGUGAAAAUAUCUUAAUUGAAAUGGCACACUUGACAACAUUCCACUGGCUACUGAGCGACCGCACAUGCUGGUUGUAAUUGAUCCAUGUGGAUGAAUGUGCAACUAGCAUUGCAAAAAUUUGUUCAAUAGCUAGAGAAAAGUUGAUUUUGUGUGAAGAACAGGCAUGGUAAAAAAUUUCAUGAAAGCUAACCCAAUCGAAGAACAGUAUAAGGGACUGUUAUGAAUGUUCAAUAAAGUAUGUCAAUGUGUGCAUGGAAACAUAAAAUUUCUGUUCAGGGCACUAGUUACACUUGGAAAGUGAUGUGCUUAGGCUGCUCUCAAGAUAGCUGACUUCUCGUUCGGGAACAAUUGCUAGUGCUUUUUAUUUCAUUAUUGCAAUCGACUGCUUUUUAGUCGACGUGCGUAACUGCUGUGCAUUUCAUGAACAAAAGAAUGUGUAAGUGCUAUUUUAGGAGCUUGUUAAUGUUUGCUCACGAGGUAAGCAGAUAACUUUUCAAGAGCAUGUUGCAUAACUAUCUAUGCUGCUUUGUUAAUGGUUCCAAAAAUAAAUUGUUGCACUGGUGCAUACCAUUCUCUGUCACUUCGCUUCCCCGAAGUGUAUGUUUGUGAAAAAUGUUCCAAUAUUUUUCACAGCCUCUAAAUGUUUGUUACUUUUUAUUUGCAAUGGCCAUAUGAUACUUAUUUCUGUGAGAUGUGUCAAUAUGUCAAGCGAACUGCGAUGUUGUGAUCCUGAAUGCCACGUCCGGUCACCGGAAGAGUUUUUGGUGUGAUUUUCCUUUUUGGUACUGCUACAUCGAACGAAUGUCUUCAUGUUCGAUUGAAAUAAAUAAGUAGGUUUUCAUUUACUCAUGUGA